AUGUGUGAAGGAUCUCAGUUCGUCACGGGUCUACGUGACUAUGUAAAGGAGUAUUUUCUCAGUUUCUGGGACUAUGAGACACCAAAAGUGAUGGUGGUUAAAAACAGAACUCUUGGAGUCAUAUACAGAGGCGUGCAGUUUCUUGUGAUAACCUAUUUCAUCUGGUAUGUCUUCAUAAGUCAGAAAGCCUACCAAGAGAGUGAGACUCGUCCGGAGAGCUCCGUUUACACGCUCAUGAAAGGCACGGCGGUUCUUGGAGAUGACAUCUUGGACACUGUGGAGUACGCUCGACCAUCAGAGGGCGGUGAUGUGAUUAGUACGAUAUUGAGAAGAGAAGUUACGUAUGAUCAGAGUCAAGGAACCUGCGCUGAGCAUUUCAGUGUCGCCAAUGCCAACUGCACAAAAGACUCCGACUGUGUCCAGGGAGAAGUUGACUUUGAUGGCCAUGGCAGAAGAACGGGCAGAUGUGUUCAGUACUACAACCACACCUUCAAAACCUGUGAGGUCCAAAGCUGGUGUCCUAUUGAGGAGUACGCUGUAGUACGAGAACCAGCGUUAAUGGAGGCCAUCAAUUUCACUGUGUUCAUCAGAAACUCCAUCCACUUCCCCAAAUUUAAAGUGCUGAGGGGAAACAUCAAAGAUGCUUCAAAUAAGCGUGACAUGCAGAAAUAUCUCAAUAAGUGUCACUAUCAUGAGGAGAAGGAGCCGUACUGUCCGAACUUCCGCCUGGGCUACAUCGCACAUCAGGCGAAGGAGAAUUUCACUGAGCUCUGCAGGACUGGAGGAGUUAUUGGAGUUUUCAUCAACUGGAAGUGUAACCUGGACAUCGAUCCCUCAAACUGUAAACCAACAUACGCCUUCCGUCGUCUUGAUCUCCGAAAGGAUCAGGCCAACUCUGGUUACUAUUACAGGUUUGCCAAAUACUACAGAAAGGAUGGGGUAGAGUCCCGGACACUUAUCAAAGCCUACGGCAUCCGUCUGGAUGUCAUAGUUCACGGACACGCCGGUAAAUUCAGUCCCAUUCCGACCAUCAUUAGUACAGUGACUGCUAUGACUUCUGUUGGGAUUUGCACCAUUAUCUGCGACUGGAUCAUGCUGACGUUUAUUGACAAGAAUGAAGUCUACAGUGACAGAAAGUUUGAUGAAGUUAUCAAGGAGCCCCCGGUGCCCAUUUCCACAGAGCUCAGCUACAUCAACAGCUUCGGCUCAAACCACUCAGACCUGUCAGAAGGCGUACCGCUGUGACAUCAUCACGGUUGCCUCAGUCUUCGCUGGACAAGAGUGUGGACUCUCCUCCGUCAGCUGGCUGUGGCAACGACGGCAUCUCCUCAGGUUGUCGGCUGAGUUGUGGACUUCCAGCAGUCGCUACGCUGUUUUCAGUGGGAACAUAAACUGUCAGAAAGCGAAAGACAGCCAGUCCUCACAAAGUCUCUUCCCGCGUGGUGGACUCCGUUCAGAAAUCUUCUCAAACCUUGAUGGACUCCGACUGUACAAUCUCUCACUUGACAUGACUUCAGAACACACUUAGAAAAUGUGUUUAUUGUGUCAGUUUCACAGCAGAAACAUAUUUGAGUAUUGAAAAGAAUUACAAACCAUUCAACCAA